CCAUCUUUACUUUUCUCUUCCUCUUCUAGCCACCCACUCUCCCCCCCUACUCCCUGCUCUCCCUUCCUCUCCGCCGACCAGCCUCUACCGACUACCGCCGACCACCACCACACCCGAGCAGCACGGCCGAACAGUCUCCAUCACCGCCGUCAGUCUCCACCGCAGCAGCUAGUAGUGCCUUCUCUGAAGCGCGCGACGGCGCCAGCCUUCCCAUCCCCGAGCGCCAGUUUCUCCAGCCAUCUCCACCGUACGAGUGACAGCCUUCUUUCGCCGUCGGCAAAGUCUCCACAAGCAGAUCAGCGACAAACCAGCGGCGUGUUCCUCUCCACGAACCAGAUUCGCACGACGCCACAGCUCCAAAUAGCACAACCAGAUCGCUAUACCCAGCGCCAUUCUCCAUCUCCAGGUCGCGUCAACAGACCCCUGCGAGCUCUCCUCCACGCCUACCAGCGCCGUUCCUUCACCUGACCGGCGGCAGAAGCAUCGGCCCUUGUCCGUGUUAGCUCCCUUGGAUUUACACUAACUAGUUCCAAUCUCUCACCACAACCAUUCUGCAAUGGCCGAUGAGUCCAAUAGAACUGCGUUUUUAGAGAUUCAGAGUCGCAUGAUCGAAACUACUGCCAAAUUGAAGCAGGUGCAAAACCAGAUGCGAACAAAGGAGGGAGAAAAGAAGCGAGCUUACUUAACGUUGGAGGAGUUACGCCAACUGCCUGACGAAACAAAUACAUACAAAUCUAUAGGGAGAACGUUUAUCUUGGAGCCAAAGUCAGUUUUAAUGAAUGAACAAGAACAGAAGCUCAAGGAUAGUGAGACUGCACUAGCCUCACUGCAGACCUCAAAAGAAUACUUGGAAAAGCAAAUGGCUGAGGUGGAGAACAACUUAAGGGAGCUUUUGCACCAAGAUCCAGGUCUUGCUCGUCAGAUAAUGUCCAUGAGUGUAAUGUAAGUUUGUUGUUUUUCACAACUUACACACAGUACAUUCUGUUUUACAUUUGAAUGAGGUAGUAACCUGAUAAGAAAUGUAUUGAAAUUUCUGCAAUGAAUGCUUGUGCAUUUUCUUUUCUGGAUA